AUGGCGACUCCAGGAUGGAGAGCCGGAGAAGUAGCCGGAACGGGAGGCGAAGGGCGUACCCCGCCAUCGGCGGCUGCGCCAGGGAGAGAGCCGUACACCGCGCCGCAUCGGAGGCACAACAUGGGUGACCUGCCGAGCGGGACCCGCGGGCUUUUUGCGGGCUCAGCAGAGCUGCCCCUGGCGAAGGCCGCAGCACCAGGGACAACAUCACGGAUCAAAGAAAGGCAGGAAGACGAAGCGGCAACAGCGGGCUUGUUGGCGCGGUCUCGAACGAUGUCACUCUCAGAGCAUCAGGCGACAGAAGUGACGCAGGCGCCCGUUCGCUACGCGGCACUGCCCAAAAUCGAGGUCCCUGAAAGAUUCGCGGGCACGCCGGGAAUAGGGAGCUCGCUGCGCAACUACAUGAUGCAGAUCCGCAACGCCCAGUACCGAUGGCAGAAAGACGGAUUGGAUCCAGAGGACUUUUUCCGCGGACUGUCGAACACGGUUACAGGGGAGGCUGAGACAGCUUACGGGCUGGAGUUGGAACGCCUACUCAGCGAGGCGGGGCAGACGCGGGGAAUCACGUGGGAAGUAGUGCCCGAUUUCUUUGCGAUGCUGCGCCGACACUUCCCCGUGCAGACGCCGCAGCGAAUGAGGGAGUUCGCCGAGUUUCGACGUCGGGAAGGAGAAUCCCUGCUGUCAUGCUACGGCCGGCUGCGGGAGUUGGCGUCUGAUAUGGAGUGUCGCGAUGAGAGGAGGCUCGUCACCAAGUUUCUCACAGGCCUGAGCAAAGAUUUGGCAAGGGAAGUGCGCGGGAGAAUCUUUGAAAUGGGGCCAGAGGCGACACUUGAGCAAGCCUACGAGCUGGCCAAGAAGCACGAGCUGGGGAUGCGCUUGUAUGAGAUGGAGAAGGGGGAGGCACACGGGGAGGACCGCCGUCGGCCGGCUUGGGUGGCGGCGCCAACGGGAGAGCAGACGUUCAGGCGAGGAGAUCGAGAGGCAGAGAGCCGGCGUUGCCAUCGCUGCGGGCAAGAAGGACACUUGCAGCGAGAUUGUGCACGGCCUCCCACCUGCGACCACUGCAAGAAGGAAGGGCACCUCCGCCGCGAUUGCCCAGAGCUGCCAGUGUGCGAGAACUGCAACCGUCGAGGACAUCGGACGCAGGAUUGUUACAGCCGCAGGCCCGGGUCGGCGGGACCCAGGAGCAGAGAAGAGCUGGAAAUCCAGCUGAGACAGCUGCAAGCUAGGAUAAAAGAAAUGGAAGGGGGAGCUCGCAAAGAAGCAGCGCUGUUGGCGAAGGAAGAUGAGGGAAGCGACGGCAGCGAAGCGGAGUUCGUGCUCAUGGUCCGCCCGCCGAGGCAGAGGGACGAGAUCCACCUGAGGAGCGAUGUGCGCGGGAGGCCGGAGCCGACCAAGAAGGAGCCUCGGCAAUUCCGGGGCAACUAG